GUGAGCUGGUACAUUUGAAGUCUUGAAUCGGCUUUAUUCUUUUUCGGCUAUUCUGUGACUGAUUUGGAAGAUGACCGGGAUGGCCAUUUAUUUCUACUACAUUAUUUUGUUAUGUUGUACAGCAAUAUAUAAUGCAGAGAUUUCAUGCAAAAAUGAAGCUGGUGAGCCUGUUGACUGGUUUGUAAUCUACAAGCUGCCAAAAACAAAAAUUGGUGAAGUGGGCACUGGGGUGGACUAUAUGUACCUGGAUUCUAAAACGGAGAGCUGGCAGAUGAGUUCAUUCAUGGUGAACACGACUCAAGGGGCUAUGGGACGAACCCUCAGUCAGCUGUACUCAGGACAAGCCUUUAAGUCCAACAGCUCUGUCUAUGCAAUAUACAAUGAUGCACCACCAGAAUUCUCUUACAGUGUGGAAUAUGGACACUCAAAAGGUAUGAUGCUCUUUGACCGAUGUCAAGGUUUCUGGCUGUCCCACACAAUCCCCCAUUUCCCCUCGUUCCCUGAAAAAGGCUACGUUUAUCCCAAGUCUGGAAAAGUCAAUGGCCAGACAGCUCUGUGUGUCACCUACAAAUACGAACAGUUCUUUCGCAUUGUCAAACAACUUCUCUACAUAAAACCACGGUUCUUCAAUUGUUCUGUACCAUCUGCUUUUUCUCCUGACUUUGGGCUGUUGGAGGAGUUAUGUGAAGACACUAAAUUGCCCCUUGACACAGACCGAAGAAUAGAGCAGCUAGUGUCUGCCAAAGGGGAAAAGUUUGUCAGCUAUGCCAAAUCAAAGCAGUUUGUGGAUGAUAUCUACACCGGCUGGGUUGCUCAGCUCUUGGCCGUUGACCUUUUGGUAGAGACUUGGCAGACUAUGAGACAUGCACUUCCCUCCAACUGCACACUGCCCCAGCACAGUCUGAACAUCAGGACGAUCCUAAUACCAGGGCCAACGUGCUUCUUGUCCCACCACGAUCAUUCAAAGUGGUGCGUAUCCCAGGAUUACAAGGCGCAGCUUACCUGUUUUGGAGAUUUAAACCGAGAAAAUACCCAAAUGUGGAGAGGAGGGGGGCUGACUUGCACCAACAACCCACUGAUUUAUAAAGCCUUCAGACAACUAGUUGACCAAUACAUAAGAUGUUGAUAAUACAUCAGCCUAAGGAAUGAAUAAUUAACAUAAGGGACAGUCAAUACUUAUAUCACAUGUCAAUUUUAAACCAACUCAUGUGCACUAAGUUAUAACUACAACCAUCUGCUUCUCCAAAGAGUUCACCCCUUAAAUCCAUUUGGCAGACAGAAGCUGACCAAUAGGAGCAGAGGGUGUGGAAAAGUGUCUGUAUUUGAGCAUAGAGUUGCAAUCGAUAGAAAAAAAACACUUAAUCACAAUAGGACUAAUAUUAAUAAAUUGUUGCUGUCAUAUUACCCAGCCUUACCCUACAAGUGUUAUUAAUUUCAUGACAUAAAGUUUCAAUAUUAGUGUUUAUGGCAAUAUUUUUUGUGGCAACAUAAUGGUCCAGAAUGUAUUAUUGCAACAGGCUGUGAUUUUUAUUCUUCACUCUUCUCAUGUAAUGUUAAUUUUAUGAUGAUUAUUUGUGAUUAUUUAUGUUUUGAUUUGCUGUAUUGUGAUUUUAAUGUCUUUCUUAUUCUGUAAAGCACUUUGAAUUACUCUGUGUGUGAAUUGUGCUAUACAAAUAAACUUGCCUUGC